GAGGGGGACUGUAAGGAAGGCGAAAAGUAGAACCCGGAGAUGGGUGAUGGGCGAGGACAGGGGUUGGUGGUGAGGGCCGUAUCCGAUCCUCCUUGGGGUUCUCCAUCCUUCUAAGCUCUUCUCAUCCAGGAAACCUCCCCUGAUUAUCCCCGCCCACUCCCGCCAGCCCUGAUGACCUGUGCUCCGUGAGCCUUCAGAUAUUCAAAUACCAUCCUCUCUCCCCAUUAUUCCCGGGGGAAACAGAUCCAGACAGGGAAAGGGUUGUAUUUGCAUUCCUAGCUUAUAGUCCCUGGCGCUUUGUAAACGCCUGAUAAAUGCUUGCCGUUUUGCUAAAACUCGAGGCUAGAACUGAGCCUCAUGUUAGUGUCCCUGGCAGAAACAGAGAAGCCUAUCCAAAGGUCAUCUGAGGAAAGAGGGAACAGAACCAGGAGCAAAUAUGUGGAACUUAAAGGGAGGCAGAUUUUUCUCUCUCUAGUCCUAAAAUCAGAGCCACCCUACAGUGGAACAGGCUGCCCUGGAUUCCCAGGCAAUGGGAAGUGUUCCAGCAGAAAACGAAUGACUGUCUGUCUUUUCUGGCUUGAACAGUCUACCUUCUGCCUCAUCCAAGGUUCAUUCAACAAGAUGUCAUCUGCUGCCCCUCAGGGUCACAACUGGACAGGUCCUCAGCCGGCUGCAGGUGAAGAGGGUGAGGACCCGGUGGAACAGAUGAUUUCACGCACAGGUUGCAUAGCCUUUCACCAUGCUGUAAUGGAGUGUAUGGCUGAGCACCAUGAUUGGAGGAAGUGCCAGGCCCAAGUCAAGGCCUUUAGGGAUUGUGUGAACCAGUACCAGAAGAACAGGCUGGAAGAGCUGCGGAGGGGGCAGAAGCCAGUCCCCACUGAUGGCUAAGACACCCAGAGAAACUAGCCUGGGGAAGGUUUAGCACCCACCUAACUCAGGAUGACUGGGAGGAACUGGAGAAAGGAACCUCUGAACAUUUGGAGGAUGUUCCUGGAGGGUAGACAACUCAGAACAGCCAAUUCAAUGCAAAUUAAGCAGAUCUUGAGUUUCAGUCCAGUGCUUAAUCCCUGGGGGGCUGGAGGAGGUGGUGGAGGGAGGAGGAAUAUGCUGACAAGGCCUUUUGCUUUUAAAGGCUCCCCCACCUACACUGUGUUCCCAUACCUAGGACUAUGUUGAUUGUUUGGAAAUUUAAAUAAGUAAAUCCACAACCUAAAA